AUGGCAGCUAAAUUCUUUGUGGUCCUCUCCCUGGCCGUAGCGGCCUCCGCCGUCCCUUUGGUUCCAGUGGCUAAAGUAGCGUAUGAGGAAGUAGACGCACCUGCCCACUAUGAGUUCCAGUACUCAGUGCACGAUGGACAUAGCGGUGACAUCAAGGAACAGAAGGAGACUCGUGAUGGAUAUGCCGUCCAGGGAUCCUACUCUCUUGUACAACCCGACGGUGUGCACCGUAUUGUCGACUACACCGCUGACAAGGAGCACGGAUUCAACGCUGUUGUGCGUUAUGAGGGACAUCCUGCUCCCGCUCCUGCCAAGCUCGCCUACGCUGCACCUGUGGCCUACGCCGCCCCAGUAGCGAAGGUGGCCUAUGCCGCUCCCGUCGCUAAGGUGGCCUACGCCGCUCCCGUCGCUAAGGUGACAUAUGCUGCUCCCGUCGCUAAAGUCGCAUACGCCGCCCCCGUCGCCAAGGUCGCGUACUCUGCCCCAGUCGCCCAGAUUGCAUACGCCGCCCCAGUCGCCAAAGUCGCCUAUGCCGCUCCCGUAGCGAAGGUAGCCUAUGCUGCCCCGGUUGCAAAGGUCGCAUACAGCGAAUCUCUAGGACACGUCAGCUUCGCGUCCCCUGCUGUCUCUUACCACCACUAA